CCCCGCCCGGAAGAGACUGCUUCCUUAGAAAAGCUUCGGUUCCUUUCUUCGCCCCCGGUCUGUCGGCCGCUCGGGACGAGACCCCCCCACCCCACCCCCUGCUUUCUUCUAAGCCAUGCAGCCCUACAUGGUUAACAUCAAACUGUCGGCUCGGACCCUGACCGGGGCGCUCAACCCUCAGAACCGAGGGGCGGCAGAUUGGGGCUGGCAAGGUUUGAUUGCAUAUGGAUGCCAUUCUCUUGUUCUGGUGAUUGAUUCAAAGACUGCUCAGACCCUCCAGGUUUUGGAAAGGCACAAAGCUAACGUUGUCAAGGUUAAGUGGGCUAAGGAAAACUACCACCACAAUAUUGGAUCACCUUAUUCUUUGCGCUUGGCUUCUGCUGAUGCCACUGGGAAGAUAAUUGUUUGGGAUGUAGCUACAGGAGCUGCUCGCUGUGAAAUUCAAGAGCACACAAAACCCAUUCAGGAUAUGCAAUGGCUGUGGAAUCAGGACGCUUCUCGAGAUCUGCUACUUGCAGUUCACCCGCCAAAUUACAUUGUGUUAUGGAAUGCAGAUACUGGCACCAAACUCUGGAAGAAAAGUUAUGCAGAAAACAUCCUUUCGUUUUCAUUUGAUCCCUUUGAUCCUUCAAAUUUAACAUUGCUCACAAGUGAAGGAAUAGUGUUCAUUUCGGACUUCUCUCCUUCCAAGGCCCCUGUCAGUUCGGGGAAAAAGGUUUACAUUUCCAGCCCCCAUUCCAGUCCUGUUCAUAACAAGCUCGUAUCUGCUACUGGGGCUAAAAAGGCCUUGGACAAAGUAAAAAUUCUCAUCACUAAUGAAAAACCAAGUGCCGAAUCAGUAACACUGAAUGACUGCCUUCAGCUAUCCUACCUGCCUUCCAAACGAAACUACAUGUUGUUACUCUACCCAAGAGAAAUCUUGAUUCUUGACCUUGAAGUAAACCAGACAGUAGGUGUGAUAGCAAUCGAAAGAACAGGAGUGCCUUUCCUACAGGUAAUCCCUUGUUUUCAGCGUGAUGGAUUGUUCUGCCUACAUGAAAAUGGCUGUAUAACUUUGAGAGUUCGCAGAUCUGCCCAUAGUUUAAGUGUUACAUCAAAUGAAGAUCCAGACCCUGAUCCCAUUCAGGAGCUGGUCUAUGACUUACGAAGUCAAUGCGAUGCCAUCAGGGUUACCAAGACUGUUCGCCCAUUCAGUAUGGUGUGCUGUCCAGUGAAUGAAAAUUCUACAGCUCUCAUAAUCAGUGAUGGUAGAGUGAUGAUAUGGGAGCUGAGGUCUACCAUUGCAGGCCGAAGUCUGCGCACUAGCCAUUCAAGUGUAUCACCUUUGUAUUCACCCAUCUCGUUCUGUGGAAUUCCUGUUGGAGCAUCUCAGAAUAAGCUUCCCGACCUGUCACUAGAUAAUAUGAUAGGGCAAGGCACACUUUCUACAGAAGAACAACUAAGAAGUUGCUGUUUACAAGAAGUGCAUUUAAAAUUCCUGCUAACCGGGCUUCUUUCAGGCCUCCCUUUGCCUCCGUUUGCUAUACGCAUGUGUCCACCUCUUACCACAAAAAACAUAAAGCAGUAUCAGCCUCUCCUUGCUGUUGGAACAAGCAAUGGCUCAGUCUUGGUGUACAACCUUACCAGUGGGCUCCUGCAUAAAGAGCUGAGCAUUCAUUCCUGUGAAGUCAAGGGCAUUGAGUGGACAAGCUUGAGCAGCUUCCUUUCUUUUGCCACAUCAACACCUAAUAAUCUGGGGCUUGUAAGAAAUGAGCUGCAGUUGGUUGAUCUUCCCACAGGUAGAAGCACUGCAUUUCGUGGGGAGCGAGGCAGUGAUGAACCAGCCAUUGAAAUGAUAAAGGUGUCUCACUUGAAGCAGUAUUUAGCAGUUAUUUUUAAAGACAAGCCUUUGGAAUUAUGGGAUAUCAGGACAUGCACACUUCUAAGAGAAAUGUCAAAAAGCUUCCCUACAAUCACUGCUUUGGAAUGGUCACCUUCUCAUAACCUUAAGAGCUUAAGAAAGAAGCAGCUUGCAACCCGUGAAGCGAUGGCCCGACAAACAGUGGUAUCAGAUACAGAGCAAAGCAGUUUAGAGUCUUCAGUGAUCAGCUUAUUGCAGGAAGCUGAAAGUAAAUCUGAUUUGAGCCAGAACAUUUCUGCUCGGGAGCACUUUGUGUUUACAGAUACCGAUGGACAAGUUUAUCACUUGACGGUGGAGGGGAAUUCUGUCAAAGAUAGCGCAAGAAUUCCUCCUGAUGGAAGCAUGGGCAGCAUAACAUGCAUCGCAUGGAAGGGAGAUAUCUUGGUUCUCGGAGACGUUGAUGGAAAUUUGAACUUCUGGGAUUUAAAAGCCAGGGUAUCCAGGGGUAUCCCCACACACCGAGGCUGGGUGAGGAAGAUACGCUUUGCCCCUGGGAAAGGAAACCAAAAGCUUAUAGCAAUGUAUAACGAUGGGGCUGAAGUUUGGGAUACAAAGGAGGUACAAAUGGUGAGCAGCUUACGAAGUGGCAGAAAUGCUAACUUCCGCGUCCUUGAUGUUGACUGGUGUACCUCAGAUAAAGUGAUCUUGGCAUCAGAUGAUGGAUGCAUCAGAGUGCUAGAGAUGACAAUGAAAUCAGCAUGUUUUAGAAUGGAUGAGCAAGAAUUGUCAGAACCUGCGUGGUGCCCGUAUCUUCUUGUUCCACGAGCUUCUUUAGCUUUAAAAGCAUUCUUGCUACACCAACCUUGGAGUAAUAAAUAUUCCCUGGAUAUUUCAGACAUAAAUUAUCCAGAGAAUGAAAAUGUUAAAAAUCUGCUGCAAGAACAGUUGCACUCAUUGUCCAAUGACAUCAAGAAACUUUUACUUGAUCCAGAGUUCACCCUCUUGCAGCGGUGCCUAUUACUUUCAAGGCUAUAUGGGGAUGAAUCUGAACUUCAUUUCUGGACGGUUGCAGCCCAUUAUUUGCAUACUUUUUCCCGAGAAAAAACUUUAACAGUAAAAAUGGAAGGCACACCCACUAUUCAAGAAAAAUGGAUGAACCCGCUAGAUAUAUGUUACGAUACACUGUGUGAAAACACCUAUUUCCAGAAAUUCCAGCUUGAAAGGGUCAAUCUCCAAGAGGUGAAAAGAUCAAAUUACGAUCACACCAGGAAAUGCACUGACCAGCUACUACUUUUGGGCCAGACUGAUAGAGCUGUGCAGUUGCUUCUGGAGACAAGUGCUGAGAACCCCUAUUACUACUGUGAUUCGCUCAAGGCAUGUCUGGUCACAACAGUCACUUCCUCAGGUCCUUCCCAAAGCACCAUCAAAUUGGUUGCAACCAACAUGAUCGCAAAUGGAAAGCUAGCUGAGGGCGUCCAGUUACUUUGUUUAAUCGAUAAAGCUGCUGAUGCGUGUCGUUACCUGCAAACCUAUGGUGAAUGGAAUCGAGCAGCAUGGCUUGCAAAAGUUCGUCUGAAUGCAGAGGAAUGUGCUGAUGUCCUGAAGCGUUGGGUUGAUCACCUUUGUUCUCCACAAAUUAAUCAGAAAUCCAAGGCCAUCCUUGUCCUCCUCUCCCUGGGUUGCUUCAUGAGAGUUGCAGAGAUGUUACACAGCGUGAGGUAUUUUGAUAGGGCCGCCUUGUUUGUCGAAGCCUGCCUCAAGUAUGGCACAAUUGAUGUUAAUGAAGAUGCAAAAAAACUAAUCCAUGCGGUAUUUGCAGAUUAUGCCAGAAGCCUGAAGACUCUGGGGUUUAAUCAAGCUGCUACUUUGUUUGCCUCAAAAGCAGGAGCAGCUGGCAAAGAUUUAUUGAAUGAACUUGAACAACUGAAAGAAGAAGGACUUAAAGAGUGACAACUCCAAGUAAACCACUAAAACGUGUAAUUUCCCAUCAGAUGGAGUCAUCAUCAGUGGAGUAAUUAUUGACAGACAAUGAAGAAGAGUUUCUUUUCGGCAAAUAAUAACAAUAAUAAUACAGAUUUGGUCACAAUAGAAAUUAUACAUACAGCAUGUCAUGUGUAACCAGAGAUUUCUUCCAAAAUUGGUGGAGAUAAUUCCUCUACUAUUAAGCAAUACAUCUAUAUUUCUCUAUAAACAGAAGUUCAGAAAUUGUAUCUAUAAAAGUUUCCAAUCAAAAGAAAAGGGAUAUCCAUGUAGGAGGUCUUUGGUUAUAUAUGAAAAUUGCAGAACCAGGGUCAGUCCAAUAUUUUGUUGCCCCUGAGAAGUGUAUCCCAGGAUCCCUUGCAAUGAUGCUGAAAUGAAACUCUCAGCUUAUGUCAAAGCCGCAUGACAUAAAAGUCAUUCUGUGCAUUCUAACAUCCUCUGUGACAUGGGGAAAUGGGACAUAUGUUUAGGAUUGGUAACUGCUUCACUGGCAUUCCUAAGUAUAUUGUUGCUCUAAGCAACCAUUUAGACAGCUUGAGCUGUCAGUACUGAAGCUGAGUUGAUGUUUCAUGUCGAAGUAUACAUAUUACAAAAAGGAGGAACGUUCAUCAAAGAAGCCCAAAGCAACUUGCAUGGAAAUCGAAAAGGUUUCUCAGCUGUUUCUCCAAGUUAUGGGUACUAUUUACAUCUCAGAGUGUGAAGCCCCCACCCACCCAAGGAAGCUUCUAAGCCUUAGGUGCAAAGGAGCUAUGGAAUUCCUGAGCUUGUCUGACCACAUCUCUUUACUCAACGGAGCUAAACCUUGGGCAAGAUUGCUUGUCAACAUGCUCUCUGUAAAUCCACCAUGCUCAUGUGACUAGUAAAAGACAUGCCUGUAGUCACAUGGAGUGAGGGCAUUUACAAUGAAUAGAUAAAAAGUUUCUACCUAAGCUUUAGUUUAUAGAUCAGAAAGUUUCCCAAGCUUAGUCAGACAAGCUCGGGAAUUAAACGGGUCUCUUGAUCCCACAGAUGGGAGGUUUCUGCACCAUUGAAAGUAGCCUUUGAGUACCUCUAGUGUCCAGAAGUUAGGCAAGGGAGAUAGAUGACAUUUCAGUGGGCCAGCUGGGUGUGCUUUUCAGUAAUAAGAGCCCUGCUGGAUCUAGUCUAGCAUUCUGUAUGCACAAGGGCCAACCAAAUGACUAUGGGAAGCACGAAAGCAGGUAAUGAGAGCAAUAGCCCUCUCCUGUUGCUGUUCCCAGAAGUACACUGCUUCUGAUUCUGGCAGUUCUAUAUAGCCAACAUGAGUAGCAGCGACUGAUAGAUUAACUUCCACGAAUUAGUGUUAGCCCUUUCUAAAGUCAUCCAAGUUGGCGGCCAUAAUAAAUGCACAAACAAAACUAAAAGCUUGUUUUGGCUUGGCUCCAGUUUAUAUUGCAUUGUACGCAGAGCUCUUGACUAUUUAAUCUGAAGCAGAGGUUAAGCUUCUAUCAGGCCUUUAACAGGCCUUUGUGAUAUAAGCUUCCAACCCCCAAAUUCUUUAUUUCUCUCUUUCUGUGUGUAUUAUGAUGCACCAUAUGUUUAAUAGAUUCUGAUCACAGCUGGAACUUUUUUGUCUUGUUUUUGACAGAGAGGGCAAUCCUAUGUUGCCUAGGAGAGCAUCUCAGGGACCAUAGGAUUGUUUGGUGUCCCCCUCCCAAGGCUAAGGACACUGCUAUGACCUCAGAAAUGUGACUCGAGUUCCGAUCCUUUGUGGCUGCUGUGGCAAGAACCACACCAGCCGCUUCUCAAGGUUACAAAUGCAACCUCGGAGGGAAGGAAAAGGGGAUGUUCUGUUGGGCAGGGAGGAGAAAGGAGAGGCCAGGAUACAAGAAAUUCUACGGCUUCUCAAGACGCCACCAGUGUGCUUUCUCAAAGGCCUAUCUAGAGGAAGAACAUUUAAAAGGAGGAGCAUUUUCACGUCUGUUGUUCCUCAUGUCCUAUCAGCAGCUACUUGAGAGGGCAUUGGAUGUGGAGGCUUCCUUCUAAGGGGUCUUUCUUUCCAGUUGUCUUUCUAAUUCUGCCACUUCACAUUGUCAUUCUUUUCAGUACAUAUUGUUUGUUAUUAAAGCUAUAUUAAUAUGUGCUUUUUGCAUAUUAUGCUGCAUUUCCCACAAAAAUAUCAGGGAGUGUUUACAUCAUCAGUAUAUGGUAUAAGUUCCUGAAUUUGGAAGCAGAAGUACCUGUGGGUUCUAUUUCUAAGUAUGUAUCCCUGGUGGAAGGGAACAAAUGACAAUUCCUUCCAUUUUGGUUGCUGUUCUAAUACUAUGUAAUGCAUAAACGUGUUGCUGCAGCAAGUGACAGAAUGCUCUCAUUAGUCCUUAGAGGAAGAAGAGAUUAAUGUAGUUUUAUUCAUUCCUGAUCAUAGGUCAGGCUAAGCCAUUUCAGUGGAGCAGGGGUAGGCAACCUGGUGUCCUCCAAAUGUUUUGGACACUCCAAAUCCCUGACCAUUGGCCAGAUUAGCUGGGGUAGAUGGGAGUUGUAGCCAAAACAUCUGGAGAGCACCAGGUUGCCUACCUCUGCAGUAGAGCAAAACAUAUUUUACACAAACAAGCAGCAUAGGUGUGGAUGAAGAGAGAGUCUGAAAUAAGCAAACACAUAAGGACAAAUCAACUCUGGAUCCGAACCAUGGCAGGAAGAAGUUUCAGUCAAAUCCUAAUAUUAAAUACAAGAUAAUGGAACACAAACAGAUUUGGUCUUUGGUUAUUUAAACUUGUCCAUGAUGAGUCUAUUCAGUGUGUUUUUAUAAGUGUGUUUAGUUAAGAUCUAAUCCAGCCCACGUUUUUAUUAUUUUCAACAUGAGUUGUUCUUAAAACCCUUGUUCACUGGUGUAAAUCAAUCAUUUAAUAGUACAAUACUGGUGGAUUGGUAAAAAACAAUCCAUCUACUUUGAUUGCAGCCGCCGCAAACUGCUGCAUUGCUUUUAGUGGUAGUUCCUCUUCAGAGCAGCACGGAAAUAAUGAAAGAUUUAACAAAGGAACAAGAGCUAAAUGACCUUUUGCAAGUUCUCAUGGGGCAAAUACUCUUGUGCUUGGAUUUUCAAAUGUUUCUCUGGUUCCUGGUAAUAAUCAGUUCCUGGUGAAAUGUAAUGUGCAUUGGACUGAGAAUUCAUUUAACUGUCCUUUGGAAAUCUCAUCUGGAUGUGUAUCAUACAGAUUUGUUCCUAGGAUCAGUACGAUGGAAGUUAUUUUGAUGCUUUACCUUGUCAUUUAAUCAGGCUGUGAUUUCCAGAGCAUUAGGACAUAAGCCUGAGAAUAGUAAAUACAGGUAAAUAAUGUGCAUGUUUUUGCUGAAAUAGCAGGCUUCUUGAAACACAGGAGCCUUUGCAGUCGAUCAAAGGCUCUUAUGGAUAACAAAUACAGGUAAAUAAUGUGCAUGUUUUUGCUGAAAUAGCAGUGCUGGCCACUUGGAGCUAAAGGUACUUGGAGACAUCCUGAAAUCACCCCAGGAAACUAUACCAUAAAUAUAGAUCUGCUCAGGGCCCAUUAAUGAUGUCUGGAAGCGUCUGUAUCUCUGGCAUGGUGAUAAUCUAGGGGGAAGUAUGAACGUACUAGUUUAUGAAUGCUCUGCUCAACAUGCUAGUUAUAACCCAUUGAUUUUUAUGGCACCACUGACUGGAAUUAUAGAAGUCAGCAUGGGAGUCAAUUUCAGUGGAAGCAGGUGGUCUAUGGCCACAUUCUUGCAUGUGCAUGGAUCCAAAGGCGCCACCAUCUUUUAAGGGGGCAUUGGGUGAGGUACUUCUAAUUGUGGGGGGCUCCUGGCCAGCCUUUCCCUGCUGCCCUGCCAGCCAUGUUUCUUUGUAUCUUGUCCAUGGCAAGGAAAGCAUUGUGGAGUGGGUGGUUGAGGCUGCACCCCUGUGUCAUACCACAUUAAAUCAAAGCAUUUUCCUUUGCUAAAUUUGAUUCGGCUCAUUGCUACUCCAAUCAAACACUGCCUUUGUUGGUGAAUGGCAAAUGAGAGAAUCAGAGUGGCUAUGGCACAGGCUUUUUCCUGGUUUGUUGCCUGCAUUGGCUACACCAAAGGAAAGUGCUAUAGUAGGUGGCCAGUCAAGGCUGCUGCAGCCUGAAGGCACACCAUUUUAAAUUAAAGUAUUUUACUUUGCUAAGUUUCAUGUCUGAUUGGUUCAACUUGCUUCAAAGGCCACAUCUGGCUGGUUCAGUUUGCUGCUCCUAAAACCUAGCAAAGGAAAAUACUUCAAUUUAAAAUGGCGCACAUCGGGCUGCGGCCUUGACUGACCAUCCACCACCACACUUGCCUUUUAAUGCAGUGCCAUGAAACUCCACUGCCUGUUGGGGUAGUGUUAAGCCCCCCCACCUCCAUUGAAAGCAUCCACCUGAGGAACACCCCGUAUCUGGAAAACACAGGUCUGUUGCAUAUUUCCUUGGUUCACCAUAGUGUCUUUUCCUACAUCGGUUUAGUAAAACUGGCCAAGCUAUCUCUUAAUACUGGCUGACAAAAGAAUGGUUACAUGUAAAAUAUGAGUAGCACUCAUGAAAAUUGGUUAAUUCAUAAUAAUAGCUAGUAUUGCUUAUUUAAUACAUGGUACUGAAGCAUAUAACCCUGAUUUUACUACUUCGUCAUUUGUUAGUGGUUUUUUUAUGCCCACAUUUAUUUAAUCUUUGCUUUUUCUCUGUUUCUGUAUAUCUGUCUUCCAGUGACUUGCUGUUUAUAUCUCCCACCCUGCUGCCUUUCAUUGCUAUGAAAGCUGCAUCUUUUCUUUAAAAAGGAUUACUCCCUAGUAACAUUUUAAAAAUCACUUGACACACAAUUACUUAAAAAUUACACAGUAAUUUUCCACACAGUGUCUACAAAUUAUUGCCAUACUAUUUCAAUCUAAGUCAAGAUGGCACUUUUGAUAACAAAAACAUUCCAAAUAGAAUUUCAUUUCAUGACUUCUUUAUAACAAACAAAAGUGAUGUCAUUGUUUAUACAAAACAGAGCGCCUUUAAUUAUAAUGUCUUUGAAGUCUUUUCAACACAGGCUUCUCUGCACGUUUCACAUCAUAAUAUACAUUUCUUUUAAAGUGUUCUUAGGGCCGAAAGUAGAUAAUGCAAAGGAAAUGUGGCUGCCAUCAAUCUCCUCAGAUAACAUCUAAUAGAAAACGUACUGCUGUCACCAUAUUACAUUCAGAGUUGCACUGCCUUUGCACUGCAAGCUGCAGCCAAUGCACUGGAAUGGGAGACUGGGAAGUGCUCAACAUGACAAUCACAUUGCUACUUUAUUUUACUGGAUAUUCUGGGCCCGGACUGGCCCACAAUGUCCAGUUCAAUUAUCAGCAAUGGUUAUAUAAACAAUUUGUGGAAAUUCACAACGAAACUGACUUGAGGUUUUUACUUGGACAAAGUAAUAUGCCAAAUAAGUAAGUGAUGUGUUUUCAGCCUUACACAGUAUAAGGUGUUUCUUCUCAGACUGAGAAUCUCAGUAGGUUUUUGCAGAGCGACUAUUAAGACAACAAUCGCUUUUAACGAGAGUGCACAAUGGUCACCCUAGAAGUUCACAUCAUAGUUUUAAAUCUUUUCCAUCAAGUUUGGGAGAAGACUUAUUUAUAAUGGAUGUAUUUCUGCGUGUGUGUCAGAAGUCCGUUCCACUGAGUUCAAUGGGGCUUACUCCCAAAUAAAUAUGCAUAAGAUUGUAUGUAUCCUUAUAGUACUGUUUGUAUAUUUUGCCCAACAUGAAAUGAUACCCAUCAAUUUCUUGUACAAAGAUGAACAAAUCAUUAUAAAUGCUCUUUUUUCUUAAGUUGUGUGAAGUUAUUAAAAUCAGUUUUGAAACUGCUA